AUGGCGUUGACGACUACAGACUAUGACUACAGUACACAUGACUAUGACUAUGACUUCUGCAACCUUGACCCGAGCCCCACGGAGGUCAUCACCCAAACAUACGUCCAAUCCAUCGUCUGCGCCUUCGGCCUGAUCGGCAACGUCCUGGUGAUCGUCACCUACAUGUUCUACAAGAGAGCCAAGACCAUGACGGACGUCUACCUCUACAACGUGGCCGCGGCCGACCUGAUCUUUGUGGUGGCUCUGCCAUUUAUCACCUACAACGAGCGGCACAGCUGGCCCAUGGGCUCUGUGGCCUGCAAGUUACUGAAUUCAGCCUACAGCAUCAACCUCUACAGUGGCAUGCUCCUGCUCGCCUGCAUCAGUGGUGAUCGCUACAUCGCAAUAGUUCAGGCCAGAAGAUCCUUCGGCGCUCGCUCACACACUCUGAUCUACGGCCGCCUCAUCUGCUCUGCUGUCUGGGUGUUUGCUCUGGCCCUGACGCUGCCCACGCUCCUCUACACCCAGCGCUGUGAAGAGCUGAUCCUGGGGGAGCAGAACGUCACUGUGACGUGUGAGCUGUUUUUCAGCAGGGACGAGACAGCCAAGCUGAUGAAGGUGCUGGUUCCCAGCCUCCAAAUGGCCGUCGGCUUCCUGCUGCCUCUGGUGGUGAUGGUGUUCUGCUACUCCAGCAUCAUAUGCACCUUGCUGAGGGCACAGAACGGCCAGAAGCACAAGGCUGUGCGUGUGGUUUUGGCAGUCGUGGUGGUUUUCAUCGUGUGCCACCUUCCUUACAACGUGACCCUGCUCACACACCUCCUGUCCCUGUUUAAGGAGAGAAGUUGUGAGGUGGAAAAGAUUAAACUCAGAGUUCUGAAAGUCUCCAGGGUCGUAGCCUACCUCCACUGCUGUCUGAAUCCCAUCCUCUACGCCUUCAUCGGGGUGAAGUUCAGGAGCCACUUCAAGCAAAUAGUGGAGGAUCUCUGGUGCUUCGGCAAAAAGUACAUCUACACUUCUGCUCGCUCGUCACACGGAACCUCUGAUAUUUGCGUCUCGGGUCUCAAGUCUUCAGAGGCCUCUCACAACAUGUCAUCGUUCAGUGCAUGA